CUCCAAAACAGAGAAAGAGAGAGAGAGAGAGAGAUAGAGAGAAUGGUGGGAUCUGGAUCUGUUGGAGGUGGGUCCAUCUUGAGGCAGCUGAGUGGUAGAGAUGGAUGGAACUCAUCAUCAAAGAGAUGGAGUAAGAGAGGCCCACCAGAGAGGAGCUUGCCGCAGAUGGAAGGUCUAAACAUGGGUGACAAUGGGCUGGUGCUGAGGAAGAGAGUGAUAGUGGUGGUUGAUCAAUCCACACGUGCAAAGCAUGCCAUGAUGUGGGCUCUCACACAUGUGGCAAACAAGGGGGAUGUCCUCACUCUCCUUGAGAUCAUCCCUCCCCACAAAGCUCAUAGGAAGCCUCAUUUUUCUGACUCUUCUACCCCUCAUCUUGCUAACUCACUUGGAUCCCUUUGCAAGGCCUGUAAACCUGAGGUGGAAGUUGAGGCUUUGGUAAUCCAAGGGCCCAGAUUAGCCACAGUCAUCAGCCAAGUGAAGAAACUUGAAGCUUCUGUUUUGGUGUUGGGUCAGAAGAAACCUUCUUCAUUCAAUUGCUUGGGGAGGGGCAGGAAUGAAGAAUUUGUGGAGCAGUGCAUAAACAAUGCAGAUUGUCUGACGUUAGGAGUGAGGAAGCAGAGCAGGGGAGUUGGUGGCUACCUCAUCAGCACCCGUUGGCAAAAGAACUUCUGGCUUCUUGCUUAAUUCUUUCUGUGGCCCACUUGGGCCUAAAACCCUUUGGUGGGGUCCCACAUAUUGACUGUUCUUAAUUUGGUUUGCAAUUUAUGGGGCCCACAUUGAGAUUGGGGUCCUGAUUUUACAGAAUGUCUAAGUGGACCCAUGUAGACAUGAAACAAAAUAUCAGAAAGGUGGCCCAAAUGUAUGGCCCAUUCUCCUUGUACAAAAGAUAGAUCAGAUGUGUGCUUCUUUUUCUUUCUUCUCUAUGUGACAUUCGGAAUGUAAAAGCAUUUCCUCUC